AGGCCUCCAUCAUGUCGUACUAUGAGCACAUCGUCUUUGACUAUGACCUCAAUGAUACGGGUUCUGGCUCUGGGUCUGGUGAACUCGGGGUGGAUCUGGAGGAGCCUUGCGGCAGGGAGCAUGUGAUGAUCACUAACCUUCUGCGGGUCUUCUUGCCUGUGGUCUACGCCCUCAUCUUCACCCUGGGCAUCACAGGAAAUGGCCUGGUUGUCAUCGUGCUGGGCUGCCAGCGCAGGUCGAAGUGCAGCCUCACAGACCGGUAUCGACUCCAUCUCUCAGCUGCUGACCUCCUCUUUGUUGUGGCGUUGCCAUUCUGGGCGGUGGACUCAGUCAAGGGUGACUGGCGCUUUGGAGCCGUCACCUGCGUUGGUGUGCAUGUGAUCUAUACAGUCAACCUCUACGGCAGCGUGCUCAUCCUCGCUUUCAUCAGUCUGGAUCGCUACCUGGCAGUGGUCCGAGCCACAGAUACAAACACCGGUGGACUGAGGCAGUUGCUGGCUCACAAACUGGUAUAUGUGGGUGCUUGGUUGCCUGCUGGUCUGCUUGCGGUGCCCGACUUGAUAUUUGCCCGAACUGAAGAAGGAGGAGAAGGGGCAACUCUGUGCCAGAGAUUUUACCCAGAAGAAAAUGCUCCUCUCUGGGUCGCAAUCUUCCACCUCCAGCUGGUUCUGGUGGGAUUGGUGAUCCCAGGCCUGGUCCUUUUGGUGUGUUACUGCGUGAUCGUCACCAGGCUGACCCGAGGCCCACUAGGGGGUCAGAGGCAGAAGCGGCGAGCUGUCAGGACCACCAUCGCUCUGGUGCUUUGCUUCUUCGUGUGCUGGCUGCCCUAUGGAGUGGGCAUCUCUGUGGACGCUCUGCAGCGGCUGGACGUGCUGCCUCGGAGCUGCAGGCUAGAGGCCACCCUGGGUGUGUGGCUGGCCGUGGCUGAGCCUAUGGCGUUUGCCCACUGCUGCCUGAACCCGUUGCUGUACGCCUUCCUGGGAGCAGGGUUCAAGAGUUCAGCCCGCAGAGCCCUGACUCUGAGCCGAGCAUCCAGUUUGAAGGUUUUACCACGAAGACGUGCUGGGGCCUCCACGACCACAGAGUCCGAGUCGUCCAGUUUACAUUCCAGCUAGUGUUUGCUUGUGUUGUGUGUGUGUGUGUGUGUGUGCAUUUGUAUAUACUGUAUGUGUGUGUGUUUUGGAAAAGUACGUUUACACAAAGUAUCUGAGAAAUUAAGGAGCUGUCUG